AUGUUUACAAAAAUGAAAAGUUUACAAGUACUUAGCUUAUGGAUCGUGGGCUAUGUAUGCGUAUGUUGUGUUGUGUAUCGACGGUAUGCGAGGAAAUUGCCUACUCGAAUUCGUGGGGCACUUAGAGCGAAAAGAGUCUUAUUAGUAACAGCGCACCCGGAUGACGAAUGUAUGUUCUUCGGUCCAACAAUCUAUAGAUUAUGUGAACAGGGUGCUGAUGUUUAUAUAUUAUGUUUAUCAAAUGGUAACUAUGAUGGUAAAGGGGAUAUUAGGCCCAAAGAACUAUGGAAUGCUUGCAAAUUGUUGGGAGUUCCAGCAGAAAAUAUUUGUUUAAUGAAUGAUACAAGACUACAGGAUGAUCCUAAGGUGCAGUGGCCAGUACAAGUUAUAGCCAAGCUCAUACACCAUCAUCUGGAGAUGUUGGAAGUGGACACCUUAGUUACUUUUGAUAGAGGUGGAAUUUCUUCCCAUCCAAAUCAUUCAGCUGUUUUCUAUGCAGUUGCUUAUAUAUUUGUUGAAAAAAACAUGCCUAAAAGGUGUACUGUCUAUACUUUGGAUUCAGUAAACAUACUGAGGAAGUAUAUGAGUUUUUUAGAUUUGCCGCUAAGCUUUGUACUGUCUUCUAAGAGAUAUUUCCUCCGUUGGACAGAGAGUCGACGCGUAACGCGAGCCAUGAAACAGCAUAGAUCGCAAAUGGUGUGGUUUCGGUAUUUGUAUGUAAUAUUCUCACGCUACAUGGUCAUAAACACACUACGAAAGAUCAACCUUGCUGAUAUAGAAUUGGAACUCGAAGUUGACGAUUGA